CCUAAGCAGAACUCCAGUAUGUAUUUAAGUGCCAGUGGCUUGCCCUGCCUUCUUUUAUUGACUGUACUGUGCUGUUCAUGCUAACACAGCACGGUUGCUCUCCCUUUGGAAAAUGUCACAGCUUCUCUCUAGAGCUUUAGUUUCAAUCAACUGGCUAUCGGAAGCCUUGAAAACCCAGACAGGGCCAGCCUUGAGGGUACUUGAUGCAUCAUUUUACUAUCCAGCCAUUAGAAAUGGACGUAAAGAGUAUGAAGAACAGCACAUUCCGGGAGCAUUGUACUUUGAUAUUGAUGAAUGCAAAGACCAGGGGUCUCCUUAUGAAGUUAUGUUGCCAAGUGAAUCUAGCUUUGCCAAAUAUGUGGGCAACCUUGGCAUUAAUAAUGAUAGUCAUGUCGUAAUAUAUGACGCCGAUCACCUAGGCAUGUACUACGCCCCAAGAGCCUGGUGGAUGUUUAAGGUGUUUGGACACGAUAAAGUGUCUGUACUGGAUGGUGGGUUCAGGAAUUGGCUGAAGAAGGGUUUGCCCGUAACGUCAGAGAAGACCGAGGUGAAGCCGGAGACUUAUCGUGCAGUUCUUAAUCCCUCGCGGGUGAAAAAGUUUGAAGAUAUAGAGAGAAACAUAAGCAGCAAAGAGUUCCAGCUGGUGGAUUCACGCUCACAUGGAAGGUACACUGGCACAGAGCCAGAACCAGGAGAAGGUGGGUGAACGGUAUAAAUAAGGAACUAUACUUUUUUUUUUUUAACCCCUUAAGGACACACAAUGAAAAUAUUCUGUCACAUUGGCAUUUUACUUCCGAAGCUGUAUCCUUAAGAGGUUAAUUUAAAAUGUUAUUUAAAGAACCAAUGAACAAUAGCAAACCUGCAAACGUAAUGCAAAAAAGGAUAUUUAAAAUUAGUAAACCUGAUGUACACAAAUUAAAGCACUCUAAUAAUUCGGUAAAUAACAGGGCAGCAAACUGUGCGAAAGGAAAGACUGUGAAAAACAAGGAGAGUUGGUGCUUCUAGGAAUCUUAAUCUAAUUAAAGAGGCACUUUAUGCACCAUAACAACUACUGCGCACUGUAGUACCGGCAUGUCCCUGACAUCAAACUGAGGGACGCCCAGACACUGUGGCCUGACCCUUUGCACAGUAUAUUAGAAAUUUCAAUUCUGUCCAGCUUUUUUACACUAUUUACUGGCCAAAUGUUGCUAAUAUGGAAGUAUGAUGUCUGUAUUAUUGAUAUUAGAGUAGAUCCUCCAUUUGUUUUAAACUAGUUGAAAACAGUUUGCACAGAAAUGUGUAGGAACCAUAACCACUUAAAAUUGCUCCUUUAGUCUUUGCAAAAAUGGAACAUUAUACUUAAACCAUGAAUUGGAGAGAAAUGGCAAAGGGAUAUUUUUUACUUUAGUUUUUGUUGGGAUUUUGAUUUUGUAGCUUUAAUCUUUGAUACAAUUAAAAGCACCAUAAGGAAUGGUACGAAAAACACAGUAAUAAUUAAUCCUGUUUUACCUUGAGUACUAGUCUAUACUUUUCCCUGUACUGUGGUGUUUUUCUUGCACAGUAACAUGAGAGAAACAAAAUGCAGGGAAAUGGCACAGAAGAAGAAAACAGAUAAGGAGCAGCUUUCUCAGUCAAUAGUCCUCACAGAUAAAAUGUUCAAAACCCAUGUGCACCCGUGAUAAGUAAUAAUACAUGCAGGGGCGUACCUGGAGCAUCUGGCACCAGGGACAGAUCUUAUAAACCACAUAAAAUGUAAAAAACACCCACACAUUGUUUUUUUUUAAUGUAAUUUGCAUUGAGCAGUGUUUGCAUCUUUUUUAAUGUAUUUAGCACUGAGCAGUGUUUUUGUGUUUGAAUGCAAGCAUGUUUUUGUAGUAUGUGUGCGUGAAUGUAGGGGUGUGUUUGCAUGUAGUGUUGGCGUUUGAAUGCAGGCCUGCAUUUUUUGUGUAGUGUGUUUUUUUAAUAUGUGGUGUGUAGUGUUGGUGAAAUGCUGAGAUGUGCACAGGUACACAUAUACUCAAAUAUACACACACACUGGCACACAUGCAGAUACAUAUACACAAAUGCACACACUGGCACAUACAUGUACACAGAUACAUAGGUAUACAUAUGCAGUUACAUAGAAACACAGUCAUGCACAGAUACAGACACACACUGACACACAAACAGAUAUAGACACACAGAUACAAACACACACAUUUACAGAUACACACUGACACAUGUACAGAGACACAUAGGCACAAAGACACAUACACAUACAGACACACAGGUAUAAGUGUGUGUUUAUUGUAUGCAGUGUUUGUUUGUGUACUGUAUGCAGUGUGUGUAUAUAGUGUAUCCGGUGUGUGUGUGUAGUGUAUGCAGUCUGUUUGUUUAUAGUCUAUGCAGUGUGUGUGUGUAUAGUGUGUAUGCUGUGUGUGUAUAGUGUUUUUCCAGUGUGGGUAUAGUAUUAUGCUGUGCGCGUAUAGUGUGUAUGCAGCCUGUGUAUGCAGUUUGUGUAUAGUGUGUAUGCAGUGUGUGUGUUGCUGUGUUUGUAUAGUGUGUAUACACUAUUGUGUAAUGAGUGUAUAGUGAGCAGUAGACAUGUGCAAUCCGAAUGUCCGAAUAGAUGGAUUGCCGAAUUGUCAAAGUUCCGAAAUUACCGAACUUCCGAAGUGCCGAAGUUGCUGAAGUUCCGAAGUUCCAAAGCACAGUAUUGCCUAAGAACUAAUAUACUUACCCAGUGGAAGAAUGAAGAAUGUUGCACUGUAUACAAUUUUAAAUAAAAAGUAUACAAACAUAGCCAGGAUUCAGCUGUAAGCAUUUGCAACACUUAGAACAAUCAAGUAACAUACAUUCAUAUAAAAUGUAAGUUACUUAGCCAAUCAAUGUAAUGACAGGAGUGAAUAAGUAGAUAACUCCCUAAUUAGCACGGUAUCAGGGAGCUAUCUACUAAAAGGCUGAAAGACCUAAAUUGGUCUUUCAGCCAAAUUUAUUAAUACUAAGUAAAGAUUACUUAGUAUUAGUAAAUUAUGCCCCUACGCGCUAUACUGCGAGUAGGGGCAUGUCUAUUAAACAGUGAGCAGCCUUUAAAAAACAAAAAGUCCCCCCUCCCGAGCCCCCACCCGUGCCGCACGAGUGGGGGCUUCUAACUUGAAGGGUGGACCUAUUGCCUGGCCCCCAGGCAAUAGGUCCAGAAUAAGGGGAGUGACCUAUUGUCCUCCCCGUGGCCCCCACCCCUGAGCAGUGGGUGGGGGCCCUAAAUUAGAAUAAGGGGAGGGACCUAAUGUCCUUCCCCUGGCCCCCACCCCUAAGCGGUGAGUGGGGGCCCUAAAUUAGAAUAAGGGGAGACCUAAUGCCCUCCCCCUGGCCCCCACCCCUGGGCGGUGGGUGGGGGCCCUAAAUAUUAAUAGGGGGGGGGGGGGACAUAUCCAACAGCAGCAUGUCCUCUGUUCUUGAGAUCCACGAGAGCGUUGCUGCAAGUUGCCAUAGCCUCUAGUGAGUGGCACCCGGGGCGGACCGCCCCCUCCACCCCCUGUUAGUAUGCCACUGAAUACAUGUUAAAGACGUGUGCACUUGUUGCAGCAUUAACUCAAUCAGUUAUUUCUGUUUGACGAUUCUGGUUUCUACUUCCAAAUUACCUCACGUAUACAGAUUUGUAACUGUACUGAAUAGGCCCAGUUACAGAGAAAAACCUAAUUGUUUAGUUACAAAUACAAAGAGAAGAAACAAGGAGACAGUUUGCUGAACAGUUUAAUAUUUCUAUUUGUAAAAAUCCAGAAGUUUUCGGAAGCAUUGUGUACAUCUUUCAGCAAGAUAGUUUUGUGAAUCUAAACUUUUAUGAUAAGGGCAUUCCAGUUUGGUGCCAAAGCAUGAGGUGAGAAAGUUUAACUACUAGCAGAACAAUACAUUUUUGAACAUUCCGCAUGCUUAAUACAGAAAAUAUAAAUCUGUGUUAAAACUCACUUGCAGUUAAUUUUACAAUCCAGUCCUCAAGGCUGCAAUAAACUAUUAUGGCAUAUAGAGAUUAAGGAACACUCCAACUAACAUAACCACUACGGGUCAAUGUAGUGGUUAUGGUGCCAAUACUACCCUGGCCCCAACCCCCCUUGUAAGUAGUCAAACAAUUUUUUAAUGGAUUGACUUCUUACCUAGGGUCCGAAGGGAGCCACUCCCCAGCUACACUAUCUUUUCCACAGAGCUGAAAAUUCCUCUGCAGAAGGUUACAUUAGCUCUCUUGAAAUGCAGAGCGUAGCUCAUUGGCUGACAGCGUCAUCUUAGCUCAUUGGCAGAAGAUGAUAGUGUAGGCAAAGGUAGUGUUUUAAAAACUAACUAUCUUCUUACAAUGGGCUGGUACCAGGGCAGUCCUGGCGCCAUAACCACAUGCGAGCUGUAGUAAUGUUGGCGUGUUCCUUAAAAUAUUAAGAGAUUCAGUAGGCUGUUGCAAACUUUCUGCUAAAAUAUCUAUUAAGAGAUUCAGUUGGGUGAAGCUUGAAAGUAUUUCCUAAAGUUUUCAUAAUUUCCAUUUUAGUGCAUAGUCUCAAUUUUUAGGGUAUCCCCUAAAAUAUGCCCUGCAGGCCUUGACUGUAUGUGCAAGGGUAUGAUUUAUUUGGUACAAGUAAACAUAUUAAAUGUAUAAAAGCAGAGAGAAAAGGCUUUUCCACUCCCUGGCAAUGCAAACGUUAGAAACAAUAAAAAAAAUUGUUAAAUAUAUUUCAGAAGGUGAGCUGGUAUAUAUAUAUACCAAAGGUCGCCAGAACCCCAGGUAUAAUUGUAGUUUGUUGAACUACUCUACAGAACACUUGCAAUCUGUAUUCAGCACAGUCUUGUGGACUGGCUGGCUUUAUUUCAAAUUAUUUAUCAAGAAUGUUCUCACAAUGAGAUGAUAUUAACAGAAUGUAGUAGAAUAGCUGGAGAACAAAAUAGCAAUUUAAGUUGAGUAAGUCUUUUGGAUGAGUACUGUGGCGGAACUGCAAAAUUGAGUUGGAAGAAAUCUCUGAAGUGUGAUUAUAGCCCUUAUUCCCCCAUACAUCAGACAACACUUGCUGAUGGGACAAUGAUAAUCUUUAUUGGUAACAGUGCAACCUAUACCCUUAUAAACUGAUCCCUAGCAGGGGGUCUCCAUUUACAGUAUAGGUAGUCCCUCCCUGGUGCCUAUGUGACUGGGAAAAGAUUGAGUUAUCCAUCGCUCAAACCAUUUAUCUCCCAGACACAGUAGAGCCCAACAUACAAUAACCCCAAAAACAUCAGUGAAACAACCCCGACCCCCCCACAUAUGAUACAUCCCCAGAAAGGUCUGGCCCGAGCGCCCAUUCUGGUAAACUAACACUCGGAUCCAUAAGAAACUAUCAAAAUGCCAUCGGGGCAAAUGUUUAACUGGUCGUCAAAGAAUUCUUGGCCUAAAUUAGUUCCAGCGUAUUUAUAUCAGAUGCCGGUCAAUUCACGGAAGGUCCUGCAGAGUAAAACAUAGAUGCUCCCCCUGGCUCUCAGGGAGCGUUCAGUAGUAUCUUCUGUACCUUCCCUCCAAUUAGAGUUUUCCUAACUCUUGGGGAAGUAGGUGAAAUCAAUAAAUGAAACAGAAGAGAAAAGGACUAAAAACCCCAGAACUAGACACCAGACAUUGGAGUCCAGAAUAGGGUUCUCAGGCAGCCUAUAACAGAGUCUCAGAGAAGGGGAUAACCCUAAAACAUAAUAAACAGUAGAAAAGAGGCUGGGAACCCUCUGAACAGGAGGUCCCUAAAUUGGAACUCUGAGAAAACAGAGAUAGACCUCUAACUUCUGAUAAAAAACAGAAAAAAGGGGGAGGUCUGUACAGUAACAGGAGACAGGAAGCAUGUAGAGGGAUGGUUGGAUAGGAGCAAAGAAAGGUAAAGAGAAUACUAUCAGCUGAUGCUGUCAGCUGAAAUCUAACUCACAGCAGCGAUAUACCUCACAUAAACACCUAAAGAAUGAAGCUCCUAUAACUAACUCAAAAACUCCCAUAAGCUAGAGGUAGGUACCCUAGGAAAUACUGUAUGUAAUCCCCUAAAAUAAGGUAAACUCCAAUUCAGGGUGGAAAACCAAGAAAACGCUCAACCCUAAAAAUACCUCGGUACCAUGGGAGAUGCCACUGGUACCUACCUGAUAACCGCUGUCCCUGACUGCCAAAAAGAAAACUUAAAAAACUAAAAACACUAAACAAACAAAAAAAAAGCAUAUUGUGCAACAAAGUGAAAAACUAAAUAAGAAGAAGCUUGAUGUGCGUUUCGGCAUGUCUACACGCCGUUGCCAGGAGCAAGUCAAGAAAUCAAUAAGUGAAUUUGACCGGUUGAUGGUGUGAACCGCGGCCGAACUGGAGUUCCAGAAAAAUACGGCCAGGUCCCACUGAAGUCCUGGCGGCUUGCUUACUCUGGCUCCCCGAAUUGUUAGCAGGCACAGUGGAGAGAGCGCUUUACUGUAGCACAUGGAGAGUUAAUGUAUACAGAUAAGGAUAAAAUAUACUACACGUACUAGGAGGUCACCUUAGCGAUAGCUUAAUACAAUAUCUAUAUCACUUUAAUAUCCCAAAGCGUCUCCACUUAUGGUAGACAUAAAAUUGGUAAUAAGUCAAUUGUGCAAAAACCUACAUACGAAUCUAGCAUGAAACAACUUUGGCUAGAUCUGUACAUACAGAAACAUUUGGUCCCCCUACGUAUAUGCACAAGUGGAUACAAACAGAUGCAAUAAGUAAAAAAUGGAAACAAAAAUUAAAAUCAGCAAGAGUUAGCAGAUAGACUAAACGGUGGGUUGGUAGAAUGAAAAAAGGAACACAAAAAAUUAUAAUAAUAAUCCUCUCAUAGAAAUACAGAGCUAGUAUUUAUGAGCAUAAGGAGUAUUUGUGGGUAUUGUCCAAAUAAAGUCUCUAGAUAAAGAGUUCGUAGGGUACAGACAAAGUCUGUUUGUAACAGUAUUACAGCUUGCACAAUUCACUGCUGCUAUAAAGGAAUAACAGAAGCUAUAUUGUAUCCAAAGCUGUUUUUAUAUAACCAAGGUGGUAUGAAGUGGUCUAAUGCAGAAAUAUCUGUAAGAAGUGCCUGUAUAAACACUUCCUUGGAGGACGUAAGAGUAUGUUCUGCAAUAAACCAUCAGGACGCCAGAUGUACUAAAUUAUGUACUGUACAUAUUACCUGUAUACGUGAGCAGAGGAAAUGGCUAAAAAAAAUACAUGAAAGUUUGAUUCUGUUUAAAAUUGAUCCGCUUGUAACUCGGAAUUGAAAAUACAUCCUUAGUGUGAUUUUUUUUUGAGUAAUAUUUUGCUUUUACUUUAGGUAUUUAUCCGGGCCACAUCCUUGGCUCCUUGAACCUCCCUUUCACUGAGUUUUUAACAGAAGAAGGUUUUGAAAAGUCCCCUGAUGAAAUCCAGCAACUUUUCAAGGCCAAAGGAAUUGACCUCAGCAAACCUUUGACUAUUACAUGUCGCCGUGGUGUUACCGCCUGUCAACUUGCUAUGGCAUCUUUCAUUUUAGGCAAGGAAGAUACUGCCAUCUAUGAUGGCUCCUGGUUUGAAUGGUUCCAGCGGGCUAAAGCAGAGCACAAGGUUUCGCAAUGGAAGAGUGAGAAAUGAUAAACUAGAGGCAUUUUCCAGUCUUAAGAGGCAACAUGGUCACAUAUAAGAAUAUAUAAGAAUAUUGCUAGAGAUUGAUUGUGACUUGGGUAUAAGGAUAAUGUAUUUUGAUGAGUUAUGUACCCAGCCUACUGUGCAUUAAUUGCUGAGCCAAUGAUAAGAAUGUUUAUAUGUUAGGUUGUGCUUGUUUUAUUUCUUCUUCUACGGGGCCUGCUAGGCCAGCACAUUUUAAAUGUCUUUAUAUCAAUUUAAUAAAAUAAUAACAUUUAAGAUUUAUCAAUCGUUGGCUGCCUUUAUUGAAAGACAAUAUUAACUUUAAUUUUUCAUUUCUUGCUAAAAUGAGUUCUU